AGGUGUCCGCGCUGAUCCAGGUCUCCGCCCUGGAGCGGGUGGGGGAGCGCGGCGACGCGGCGCUGGAGGCGGCGGAGGAGGCCCUGCAUCUCUCCGUGGAGCUGGACCGCGCGCAGGAGGUGGGCAUGUCGCUCAUGGCCCUCGCCGAGGCGCACCUCUUUAUGGGGAACGCCCAGCAGGCGCUGGAUGCCGCCGAGCAGGCCGAGCGCCUCGCGGGCGAGACGGGCGACGAGGCGGCCGCGGAGGCUGCCGCGCUGCUGGCGCAGUCCGCCCGGUCGCUGAAGGAGGCCCCUCCGAGGGCCGCAAGCUCGGCCGCGGCGGGCGCCGCCGCGGCAAGCGGCGCCGCCGCAGCCUCGCGGCCGCCUCGCGACCUGCCGCCGCCCCAGCCGGCGGCGGCCGCGGAGCCAGCGGGGAGGCCCGUCGAGGGAGGACGCUGGCCCACCGCCGUGCUGCUCGCCGUCGCGCUCGGCCAGCUCGCCACGGGCUUCCUCGCGGAGCUGCUCGGAGACUACGCGGACAUGCUGGAGAGUGGUGUCUCAGGCGGGGUGCCGAACCUUUUCUCUGGGAACAAGGCGCUGCGCUACGCCCUCCGUCGGGAAGACGUCGUGCGCGACAGCGGCUUCCGCAGGCGGGCGGAGGCAGAGCUGGCCGCCCUCGUCGACUGCCCCGAGUACUACGCGCGCGGGACGCUGGUCGGGCACUGCCUCGUGGUGGGGUCGCGCUGGUUCGCCGCCGAGACGGAGGGCACCUUCCGCCGCGGAGAGUCGGCGGUGCUCGGUGCUUCUGACGUCGCCUUCGGAAGUGCUGGGCAGGCGCUGCUGCAGCGCGACGAGGUCUGGCGCCGGGCCCUCGGGGCCACCUCCUCGGACCCUGGCAUGCACGAGCGCCUCUUCCUCUCGGAGACGCUGCAGCAUGGCCUGCAGCGCGACCAGCCCAGCGUCUGCAGCCUCGCGCGCUUCGAAGGGGUGGCGCGCCGCUACCAGCUCUGGGAGGAGAAGUACGCGGAGCGCACUCGGGCUUCGACCGAGGGCGUCGUCGCGGCGGGUCUCGCGGCGGAGCGGCGCCUGUUCCAUGGCGGCGGCCGCGCCAAGGGCUACGCGUUGGUUUCGCCGGAGCUGGAGCGCUGGGUGGCCAAGCGAAUGGGGGAGGAGGCCGCGGUGCUCAAGGAGCGGAGGAAGCGCCGCGAAGAGCGAGCGGCGGUGGCGGCUGCCACGUUGCCGCCAGCGCUUGCGCCAGGCAGCAAGGAGAAGGCCAAGAAGACAAAGGGCGGCCAGACUGGCGCCUCGGGCAGCGGCUGGGGGGGGGGGACAGGCCUGGCUGCUCAUCGGCGCGUGCUGUUCGGCAGCGACCUCGGAGCUCCCCCGAACGAGGGUCGCAUGCACGUCGGUGCGCUGAAGCGGCUCGAGAGCUCCUUCGUCGCAGUGUCCCGCUGCCCGUCGGACCUGACCGCCGAGUCGGCCGCCCUUGCUGUCGUCGGCUCCGAUCCUGGCAGCGCCCCCGACGACGUCGCCAGCGGGAAGGGGCUCGCGCGCAGCCUAGCCGCCUGCGGGAAGUUCGUGGCCGACCUGCUCGAGAGUGACAUGCGCGAGGUUGGUGCCUCUUUCACGCAGGUUGCGCCCUUCUUUGUCUAUGGGAAGGACUCUACCCCCGGGCUGGUCUUCGACGCCAGGGACGCGAACGCCAUGUUCGCGGACCCUGACUGCGCCCCCCUUGCAGUUGCCCUGGCCGUGGGCUCCGUGGAGGUGCCGCCUGGGCAGAGGCUCUGCGUCGCGCAUGGCGACGUCGCUCGCUGUUUCUACCAGUUCCUGCUGCAGCCGGGCCUGCGCGAGGCGUUUGGUUCGCCGCCGGUGCCUUCGGCUGCGCUGCCGGCGGCGGCCCGCCGCGCAGUGGGGGCCCGCCCGCCUGAUGGGCUCGUUCGCCUGCGGCUGCGCGUGGUUCCGAUGGUCUGGUCCUGGGCAUUCGACUUCAUCUCGCAGGCCAUGCAGCGCAUCCUGGGCGCCUGCGUCCCAGCGGAUCGCCUGCUUGCCCUGUGCGUGCCGCGCGCGCCCGCGCAGCCUGGCUCUGGCGUCUCGCUGAUCUAUAUCGGCAACUUCGCGGCGCUCGCCGCGUCGCAGGGGGAGGCAGACCGCCGCUUGGGGGAGAUGCUGGCCGCUGUGGCUGCCGCGGGGGUGGGCGCUGGUCCCGGGCCUGUGGGCCAGCCGCCGCUGGGCUUCGAGCUGGGCGGUGCUGGUGCGCAGUGGCGCCCGUCGGCCCGCGAGUUCAGGCGCGCAGCGCUCGCCUGGCGCGCUCUGGGCUGGGGCAGGACUCGCAGCGCGGGGCGCCAGAUCGCCCGAGUGGCGGGCCGCGCCUCGGCCGCCGUGUUGCCGCGGCCCGAGAUGCCAUCGGUCUUCUCGUCGGUCUACGUCUUCGCCGACCGCUUCUUCGCCCGGUCAGCCCGGGUUUGGGCUUCGGUGCGGAGGGAGCUGCGAGCGGCUCUGGCGCUGCUGCCGCUGGCCUUCGCGGACGUGAGCCUACCUUGGUUGCCGUCCGUGGCGUCGGUGGACGCCUCGCUGCGCGGCGUCGGCGUGACCGAGAAGGCGGGCCUCGCGGAGGCCUCCGACGCGCAGCUGAAUGCGCUGGGGCUGCAGGCUGCCUUCCAGGUUGCCCCUAUCGACCUGGCGCGGGGUGGCGACUGGCGCGUCGUUGGCGCGCGGCGCCGGCGCCGCCGCGACAAGAUCCUGGCGCUUGAGGCGGGGGCCGCUAUCUGGCAGGCGAGCAACAUGAGCAACAGCAAGAGCCUGAUCUUCAGCACCAGCAUCAGCCUGAUCAUGAUCUACACCAGCAUGGUCUACAGCAGCAGCCUGAGCUUGAUCUACAGCUCACAAGGCCUCGUGGGCAACUCUGGUGCCUUUGAUCAAAUCCGCGCAGUCGCGAUCGCCGAGGCGAGACUGCGCGGCCCGCCGGUGCCGACGGUCUCCGCGAGCAGCUGGCCGCUGGGCGGGCCAAGGCGCGCCACUUUGCCGCUCCCUGUGACGCGGGCCCCCCUGGCCCCGGCGAGCCAGGGCAGCCGACCCGCGGCGCCGCGGCAGGAGGCGAGGGUGCUGGCCCCGCGGGCGCGGGCGCUACCCGCCAGGAACUCGCGGCCGCCGCGCCCCGUGACGCCCCAGACGUUCUGGCGUAGGACGUUGACGCGCCAGCCGCUGCCGCCGCCUGCGACGCCGCCCGAGGUCGCAGCGGGCCCUGCUCGUCUCCUGCGGGGGCGCGCGCUGGUGCCCUACCGCGGCGAGACGGGCGCGGGCCGACGGGCGAGGCGCUUGCUGGCCCGACAGCGGCCCAGCUCGGCGCUGAACGAGGCCGAGGUCAGCGGGUUGGCCGCGCAGCAGCUGGGCUUCAACAUCAGCUCGCUGACGGCCGCCGCGGUGGCGCCGACGACGCAGCGGAUCUGCCUGCUGGCGUUGCGCCGGCUGCUGGCCUGGUUACGGGUGCCGAGGGCGCCUCCGCUGGCGGCUGCCGAUUGGGGCCUGGCGCCGGAGCAGGACGUGGAGUUCCUGCGCGACCGAGGGCUGCCGGUGGGAGACGCCGCGGGCACGCUGGCGGCGGAAGACAUCGCGCUGUUCCUGCUGCUGACCUUCGAGGCGUUGUUCCUGGAAGACACCUGUGCUGUUGACCUGUUCAUGGAAGACACCCGCGUCUGCCAGUGCUGGGCGCUGCUGGUUAGAGCGAGCGAGCUCGACGUGCUUGGCAAGACAGGCGAAUUCGACAACGGCGUCGCGCUGGACUUGCCGCGUCGCCGCUUGCUGCAGCCAGCCCCUCGGCACCUGAAGCUGGCGCGGGCGGACAGCAACCCGCUCUUCCGCUUCUCGCACCUCGACCUCCCCCUGGCUUGGAACCGCUUCCUGGCCGCCCUCAGUCUCCAGCACUUGCAGGCGACGCCGUGCUCGCUGAGGCGCGGCGGGGCGUCGGAAGACAAGAAGCACGCGCGCCUCAGCGCGCUGAUGCGUCGCGCGCCGCUGAGGCUGCGCGAGGAGGCGCGUCGACCCGAGGGGGAGCUGGAGCGGCUCUUGCUGCCUGCCUGCCAGCGGCGCGCGCCGACGCCAACAUGCUGGCUGAAGUGCCAUUUAUGCCUGGACUUGUUUGCUGGGGCGGCGCCGGUCAGCCGUGACUUGCGCGGCAAAGGGCACGGGUGUCUCUCGUUCGACGAGCUUCUCGGGCCGCAGUUCGGCCUGGGCAUGUGGGAUGCGAUGCGCGCCGUCGCGGGCUGGGUGCGGGCUGGCCAAGUCUGGGGAUUGUGGCUUGCCACGCCGUGCAUCACCGCGACGCGGGCCAGGGCCGACGCGUCUGGCCGCGCGCCGCCACCUCUGGGAUCUUCUGCGCUCUAUCGUGGCCUGCUUGCGCUCAGUGAGCACCGCCGAGCUCAUGCGUUAGCGCGAGGUGCCGCCGUGGAUGUCGAUUUCUAUGCCGCAGGUCACGGGAAGGCCGAGGACUGCAUGGCGUAG